AUGAACACUUCAAAACCUACAAGCAGAUCUAAAGAUCAGAUCACGCUCAAGUCUGCAGAUACCCAAACAGAGUCCAGCAGCAGAAAACAAGAUGACAAUCCUGCUCAAACCAAGCAUCUUGUUGAAUUCGAGAAGCUUUUUACAUUCUCUCAUGAUGAGUUGAUGGAGUAUUCAAAACAACAGAAGAUUGAGCUCUCACCAGACGUUGAAUCAAUUCCGUACGAUGAUGGCGAGGAUAUAGCAUACCAUGAACAUCUGGCUUUUUGUAACCGUGAGAAAUAA